AUGGCGGGUAGCAACUGGGGAGCAGAGGGGGAAGGAAGAGACACAGGCGAUGGCGGCGACCGAGGCGACCACAGCAGUGGGAGCGAGCAUAGUGGGAAAAGUGAACAGUCUGGGGAAAACGUCACACGUGAAAGGGUUCAGCAGAAGGGCUCGGAAAAGCAAUCCGAAGGAAGGACCACAAACGAUGCCACAAACGAAGCUACAGACGAUGCCAGAAAGGAUUGUCCAAACGAUCCCCCAAAUGAUUCCCCAAACGAUGUGGAGAACUCGCACGGAAAAGAAGAACCAAAGGGGCAAGGCAGUAACCUAUGCACAAGCUCCCUAGAGGAGGAAAAGAAAGAACAAGAAAAAGACUUUAUUGAAAGUACGCGUGAUGAUUACCCCGUUGAUGAGAAGGCACCACUCGGUGUGCAGGGAGAAAGCCACAAAGAUGGAGGAAAAAGAAUAAAACCCAAGGGUUUUAAACCAAACGAUACGUAUAACGACGCAAAGAAGGGAGAAAUCAACUCGAGCAGAAACAGGAAAAUAACGAAAGAAAAUUUAAAAGUAGAUAUGCGGGACUUCUUUUUUACCUCACAGGAGAAGGAUGUGUACGAAUAUAUUCCAGACACGUCCAACUACACCAUAUGUCACAAUGAAGCAAAUAAAUUGUAUAAAGAUGUAGUCACCAUGAAUAAGCAUUUUCUUGACGAAAUAAAUGUUAACAUAUAUUCGUCUCCUCUGGAUACCUACUUGUCGAGCAUGGUAGCCGCCGUAAGGGAGGACUCAAAACGGGGCGAAGUAAAUCCUCUGUUUUGGGCGAACUCAAAGAGCGAAAAUAACAAUAACAAUGACGAUAAGAAUAACAAUAAGAAUGACAAUUUAUCAGAUGAAAAAAGGAAAAAAAAACAGAGCGAUAUCUUGGAUGAAAGUCCCCUGAACAAACCACUAUAUUCUUACGAGUUUUACAAAAAUAAAAUCUUUAAGCAUUAUCAUAGUAACGGUUUAGUCAUCGAAGUAGAUCCUGAAAAAUUAAAAUAUAACAACUCUACGCAGUAUGAAUAUGGUCAGAAUAGGUCCACUAAUUUAGACGACCCUCUGUCUUAUUUGCAAAAAUUAAAGUGCGAAGUGGAAGACCUAACUGCCUACAUUAACGAUUUAGCCAAUAGGAAGAGGGAAGAAUACGACCCGGAUAAGCCAUACGACAGAUUAAACGAAGAUGUAACAGAGCAUGAACAAAUUAUUAAGAAAAUUAUGCAUAACCGAGAGGCACCCGAAAUACUGCUGGAACUUUUUUCGCUAAAAAAUGACAUCGACGAUAUGAUAAAUGAUGACAAUUUGAGAAUACUGCUCAAGUCGGAAAAAGCGGAGAAAAUGGCGCCCCAGCAGGGGGUCACUAGUUCUCCUGAGGAUUGUAACAGAGAAGUGAUGAGAGCUAUGCUCGACCGGCUACAGAACUGGGAUGAUGUUCUCCCGAAAAAAGGAGACCCAACUGAUGAAAAGGAUAACAAAGACAUCCAAAAUGAAGUCCAAAAUGGCAUACAAAAGGGUAUCCAAAAGGACUUACGUGGGGAUUCUUUUCCAAAACAAGUGAACAUCUACACCCUACAAAAUGGGAAAGAAAAGGAAAUUCAAACUGCCCACCUACUAACGUUGGAAAGAAAAAUUGCAGAUAUUGAAAAGGCCUUGGGGGUCGAUAAAAUGGCCAUGCUUCCAUAUGAUGAUCUGAAUCAUGCCAUCCUAGAUUUAUACAAUAAACUAAGCCUUCUAGAUUCCAUGAAAUUAGAGAGUGUGAAAAAAAAAAUGCAAAAUCUGCAAUCCGAAUUUUUAAACUUAAGAAAAUUCAAAAAAGAACUUUUAAGCGUUUCCAAAGAUCGAGGAAAUUAUGAAGAGUCCAUUGAUGAACUUUUUAAAAUCUUAGACCUCUGGAAGAAGACUCACCAUAUGAUUCCAAACGUGUUGGCAAGGCUGCACCAACUGAAACGGGUUCAUGACAACGCGCAGUCCUUCUCUUCCAGGCUCGACGAUUUGGAAAAGCAGCAAAGCAAGCUAGAUGACACAAUCAGCCUCGCCGAGCAAAAUAUCAAACUGAUCAAUUCCAAGAUUGACCAAAAUGUGCAUUUCCUGCAGGAAACGUUUAGGAAGAUGGAAUUAUGA